CAGGUAGACUGACAUUAGCCGUGGUUACAGUAUGUGGCGUCUUGUUGCACGGAGGGGCUUGCACGUAUUAACACAGCAGCAAUGGAGACGCAUGGUCACAAUAGCGCAAGGGACGUCAAACCGCAGGCUUACGGCAGCCUUGGUCGGAGGCACAGCUGGCAUUGUGAUGGGUGGCUUUGUGUGGGAGAAGACAUUGAGAGCCAGCAGUAUUUCAGUUCAAGCUCAAGACAAAGGGGAUGACAAGAGCGUCGAUGAAGAUGGAGGAGAAAUAGAAGAAGAUGAGCCGGACGGGAAGAAGAAAAGAAAAGGACCAGGCUUCCGAGAUAGGAGGAUCAUUGAGUAUGAGAACCGCAUCAGGGCUUACUCCACGCCGGACAAGAUCUUCCGUUACUUUGCUACCCUGAAGGUGUACAAUGAGGACGAGGUCCUGAUGACCCCGGCUGAUUUCAUCCGGUCCAUCACACCGGACGAGAAGCAACCAGAUGGCUUAGGCCUGGACCAGUUUAAAAAGAUUGAUCCUAAGAAAUACAAAGCAGAUGAUUUUCAAGGUCUUGGUGAAGACAGUAUCUUCAGACUACUUGGACAGUGCGGUCUCAUCUCAUUUGCUGAUUACAUGUUCCUCCUCACUGUGCUGUCAACGCCAGAACGCCAUUUUGAAAUUGCGUUCAGACUCUUUGACCUUAAUGGAGAUGGCCAUGUGUCCUGUGAUGAAUUUACCCAGGUAACUGAUGUGAUGAGAGCACAGACUGCUACAGGGAAGCGUCAUCGGGACAGGAAGACGACAGGGAAUACGCUAGAUAAACCGUUCAACAGCUCACUGACGACAUUCUUCUUCGGAGCCGACCAGAGUCGGAAGCUGACCUUUGAAGAGUUCAACGAGUUCCAGCGGAAGCUUAGGCUUGAUCUUCUUAAGCUAGAGUUUGAGCGCUACCAACCGGAAGACGGCCGCAUCACGGAGAAGAGCUUGGCCAAGCUCCUCCUGGUUUACGCCAACUUGCCCAAGCAGAGGACGUCUCGUAUGCUGAGAAGAGUCAAGAAGAAAUAUGAAGACGAUGUUCAGGGUGUAACGUUUGAAGAGUUUGAAGCUCUGCAAGCUUUCUUGAGAAAUAUCAAUGAUGUGGACACAGCCCUGUCGUUCUACCAUGUAGCAGGAGCGGCCAUUGAUCCAGAGACCUUCAAGCAUGUAGCUAAGAUGGUAGCCAAUGUCGAUCUGUCGGACAGAGUGAUUGGAAUCUGUUUUACACUGUUUGAUGAAAAUGAUGACGGUAAACUCAGUAACAAGGAAUUUGUGUCGGUGAUGAAACACCGCGUCCAACGCGGUCUGGACAAGCCAAAGGAGCUCGGCCUCAGCAGGAUACUCGCCGCCAUGUGGAAGUGCGCGAGAAAGACCCAGAUCUAUGUUAAAGGGGAAGAGGACGUCACGCUCAAGCGAAACAUCUCCCGGGCCAAGCUUUACGCCACGAUAUGAAUAUGGACCAUGGUUGAGAGAGGAUAGCAGAGGAUGUGACAGUAGCAGUAGAUGGACGACGUUACUUGUGGUUCACAAAGCUUGACAUGGGAGAAAGCAUGAAGCGUUGCUUAACCAGACCUGCUAGCUUAACCCAAACCUAGUAUGUCCCAAGCUGAUUGUAUCCGGGCAAUUGAUCUUAAAACAGUAAUUUGAAGAGGUUUACCAGUUAUAAGUCUCAAAUCUUUGAACAGUUUGAUCAGAAAAUGUUCAUGAAUAUUGUUAUGGGUAAUUAUGACUAUUUUUGUUUUACUGAAAGUAAAAAAAAAGUAGGAAACUACAUAGAUGCUUUGAAAUAUUUCAUCAGAAAAUAUUCAUUAGUAUUUUUAUCGAUGAUUAGUGCUUUUAUUUACCUUUUUCAUUUAAUCAGAAGUAAAAUAAAAAGAAAAGUAUAUGGAUGGACACCUCGAUCAGUCUCAUCAGAAAAUAGUGUAUCAGUGAUAUUAUUGAUGGUAAACACUUAUCAAUGAGUUUUUGUUUAAUUCAAAGUGAAAAAUAGGAAGUGUUUGGACACUUGGACUCAACCUCCCCACAUUCAAUGUGCAAUAUACUGUACAGCAUGUAUGGGAGUGUAGGGUACUUGAUUCUAUGGCCCGUAUUCUGAAGUCGGGUUUAACUUAAACUCAGGUUUAAAGUUGUGGUUUAAGUAUGGAUGGCCAAUUGUUACAUAAAUCGCCAACAGUAGAGAUACCAUAUUUCAGCUCAUUUGGCUCUCAAAAUCAUUAAUAAUUGUCUAGGAAGUAUAAAUAGGUGAUUGUCUUCACCAUCGAUGAAUCAGAAAAGAGCACAGUAAACACAAGAAACAUAUUUUUAAUAGAAAUUUUGACACGUUUGGCUUCCCAUAAUUUUAGCACAGAGUUAGACCAUGGUCUAAGUUAAACCCGACUUCAGAAUACGGGCCUAUGAAUAUGAAUUACGUGUAAAUGUAGGGGAAGGGGGAGACCUUUGCUCAUACAGGAUCUUUGGCAUGGAAUGCUCAUCCCCAUCUUGCUUUCACUGAUUAUUGGUGAUUAAAAUAGUUUUCAAUGUUAUAUCUGUUUAGUGAAGUGUCUGAUCAACUGGUUCUGGUUAUUUUGUAUUUUCUUCUAUAUAUCAAUGAUAAUAUGCAGAUUCUUUAAGUGCUUUCUUUCUGUUUUGUGUUGUUUUUACUACUGCGCAUCAAAUACUUUCAAUUCAAGAGGACAUGAUGCAUUACUGUUAUUACUUUUAUCUAUCUAACUUUCAUCAUCAUCAUCAUCGCGAUUUUUUUUAUUACCACCAAGAAUUAUGGACUACAUCUCACAAGAACAGAAGGUGCCAAUUUUAUGUAGUUUUGCUCGUCUUAACCAUACAGAGUUUGCAGUCUUGUAGCCCUCCCCCCCCCCAAAAAAAAAAAAAAAUUAUAGGAGUUGAAAAUUAGGCCUGGAUCAUGACAUGUUUUGGAAACUUUGAUACUGCUGGGUGGCAAAUGCCAUCUAUUUGUAUCAAGUCCAUUUGUUUAGAAUUUCAAAAAAUAAACAGGAAAAAGUUUCUUUGUGUAGUGGGAUUUGUGUAAAUAUAUUUAAUAUGAAAGGAAAAUACAUGUACAUAAGAAAAUAUGAAAGUUAAGAUUUUGAAAUUGUACCCUCCUUUUGUUUAGUUAUGUAGUGUAGCUUUGAUUUUCAAAUUCAUGCUUUAUCAAGUAAUAUGCCAAGUGGGUAGUGCAAGUAUAAAAUGAAGUGUACCUUCAGCUUUCAUGUUUUUAUUAUUUUUAAUAUAGAUAUUUGUGAAGUCUUUGAAGUCUAUUAGUAUUUCUGCCCUACUCUUCUUUCUCUCUCUCCCUCCAUCUGUCUUAAUAUUUCUCCAUCUCUUCUCUUGAAAAGGUACAUUUUUUCCUCAUUGUUUUGAUUAUUAGCUAUUUAAAGAUAUCGUUUAGUAAUGGGUCUGGGAGAGGUAGCACUAUGGAUAUUAAAUGACUUAAUUAUCAGCCAGAAUUGGCUAUGCGUACAGUUGUUAGCUGUUCUUUAAGUACAAACAAGUAACUUUUUUUUAGCAAUGUUGGCUCAGAAAUGGUUGGGAGUAAAAAUCCAAAUUAAGUCUUGUUACAUGGUCAUGUACAAAGCCACUUGUGGGAAUGAGAAUUCCAUUCCUGCCAAUGCCUGGGCCCCCGUCUUACAAAGAGUUACAAUUAAUCGAAUCAUCUUGAACUAUAAGGAAAUCCAACAUUGACAUAAACUUUUCUCCAGUAAAUUUGCUUGAUGUCUUUGUAAACAAAGAAAAGCACACUGAAUUUAAAACAAAAAAUGAAUGUAUGAUUAUACAUGUGGUUGAUCUGAUCAAACUCUUUGUAAAACGGGGCCCUGUACAUGUAUGUGUGAUCUGUGUGCAUAUAGUGUAAUACAAGAAUGUCACCUAGGACGUGACCAUGGAUAUGUGAAAUUCAAAAUGUAUUUUACGAUAAAGGUCACUAGAUAAUGUGAGUGGAAUGUCAAAUUUUAUCACGCAUGAAUGUUUUCAUUGAAUUUUUUCUUGCACUAAUCGGUGCAUGAUUUGUUCUAUCUUUUCUGUCACAAAGGUGGACUUAAUGCCAUUUGGAACUAAAAUAUUGUAAUGCAUAUGUCCACAUAGGUUAUUUAAUUAAAGGUGGAGGGACUUGCACAGACACGUAGGUUCUGUUCGAAUCGAGAUAUGACGAGAACUAUGUAUACUAUUGUUUAUAAUUGGAUAUAAUCUUGUAAAAUUUACAGAAUUUUGUUUAUCUUAGAUUGACAAAUAAAUUAUUGUAUUGUGAUUAAAUAUUGAAAAGUAAUAUUGUUAAUUACUAUUAAAAAAUAUGUGGUUUAUAUAUCAAUCUUUAUUUAUUGCAACCUUAUGCAAGAUCAAGUUUAAUUAUUGACAAAUAAAAGUGGUUGAUAAUUACAAAGAUC